AUGUGGAUACCCUAUAGCUUCUACCACCAGACCAAACAGUGUCGGAGCAUCCAGUCUCAGAACAACAGGCUCCGAGACAGCUUCUACCACCAGACCAAACUGUGUCGGAGCAUCCAGUCUCGAACCAAGAGGCUCCGAGACAGCUUUUGCCACCAGACCAAACGGUGUCGUUUUUAUAUAAUGUCCCAGUUUCACAUUGCUGAGCUGGCCAGAAGAGGAACAGUUCAAAAGGGGCCUGGAUCAACCUCUCAGCAUGUUGCCUACAAAAUAGGGCCAGCAUUCAACUUCAGAAUUAACACAAGAUCAGCGUAUCCCCUUGGACUACCGGAGGAAUUUGCGUUUGUGACAGUUUUACGAAUGAACCGCAGUGCCGUAACCAAGAACUGGAAUAUUUGGCAAAUGCAAGAUUUGAACGGCGAAGAGCAGCUUGCCGUUAGACUGAACGGAGAAUCGCUGUCUCUUGAAUUUACCUUCACAACAUUGAAUAAAACACGAGAGACGGCCGUUUUCCCUUUCCUACCGUUCCUCUUCAACUCUCAAUGGCACAAUAUCUUACUGAAAGUCAGCAAGCGUUCUGUAACUCUGUUCGUGGAUUGCAUUAUGGUGGACUCUCAGAACACACCCCAGAGAGGUAUAGUCAACCUGGAUGGAUACACGUUGAUUGGAAAGCUGAAGGAUAACCCCGUUUUAGCAGUGCCAUUUGAGCUCCAAUCGAUGCACAUUCAUUGUGAUGUGGGGCGACCACAGACCUGCAAUGACCUAUCAGUCAGGACGUCGGUUGAUGAAGCAGAACUUCAGGGUCCUGGUGGAGAUGCAGGUAAACUAGGCUCAGCCGGGUUGCCAGGCGAGCCCGGGGAUGAUGGUGUUGGAGACGAUGGACCCCCUGGACCCCCGGGGCCAGGAGGACUUCCAGGUGAUUUGGGAAAAGGUGGACCCCAUGGUGCUAUGGGAGUGAGAGGACCAACAGGACCUGGUGGAUCAGUAGGGCCCAGAGGUGCAGCAGGGAUGCAGGAUUUGAGUGCCGAGCUGUGCCCUGGUGCCUGUCCACCUGGAACACCUGGUCAUCCCGGUCUCCCUGGCAUGAAGGGUCACAAAGGAGUCAAAGGGGAAGGAGGAGAGCCUGGGAAACAAGGGCACAAGGGUGAAGAGGGUGACCAGGGAACCACAGGGGACCUCGGAUCCCAGGGCCCAACGGGUCCUCAGGGAAUCAGAGGCUCCACUGGAAUGAUGGGGCCCAAAGGUGGACUUGGAGCACGAGGACAUGAUGGAGAUCCAGGUCCCCAAGGUGUUGAAGGAGCCACUGGUGACCAAGGCCAGAGGGGCGUGAUGGGCGAGUCUGGUCCUAAAGGUGAUGAGGGAUCUCAAGGUGGAAGAGGAAUCACAGGUCUUCCUGGGCCCAAGGGAAAUGGUGGUUUGUCAGGAGUGGAUGGCCGUGAAGGUAUUCCUGGAAUGCCAGGUGGAAAGGGCACCAUUGGCAAGGCUGGGUCUCCCGGGGAGGUGGGGCUUCAGGGACUUCCUGAACUGGUGGAGAGAAGGGUAGCUCUGGAGAGGCAGGUCUUCUUGGAACAAUGGGAUCUGCUGGUAAAACAGGAGAGCAAGGCAAAGGAGACAGAGGAGAACAAGGACCAGGCGGUCCACCGGGUAAACCAGGAGCCAGGAGAGGGGGACCUGGCUGUGGUUACAGAGAGUGUGGAUCUGGCUGUGGUUACAGAGAGUGGGGACCUGGCUGUGGUUACAGAGAGUGUGGACCCGGCCGUGGUUACAGAGAGUGUGGAUCUGGCUUUGGUUACAGAGAGUGGGGACCUGGCUGUGGUUACAGAGAGUGGGGACCUGGCUGUGGUUACAGAGAGGGGGGACCUGGCUGUGGUUACAGAGAGUGGGGACCUGGCUGUGGUUACAGAGAGUGGGGACCUGGCUGUGGUUACAGAGAGGGGGACCUGGCUGUGGUUAAAGAGAGGGGGGACCUGGCUGUGGUUACAGAGAGGGGGACCUGGCUGUGGUUACAGAGAGUGGACCUGGCUGUGGUUACAGAGAGUGGGGACCUGGCUGUGUUUACAGAGAGGGGGGGACCUGGCUGUGGUUACAGAGAGUGUGGACCUGGCUGUGGUUACAGAGAGUGUGGACCUGGCUGUGGUUACAGAGAGGGGGGACCUGGCUGUGGUUACAGAGAGUGUGGACCUGGCUGUGUUUACAGCGAGUGGACCUGGCUGUGGUUACAGAGAGGGGGACCUGGCUGUGUUUACAGAGAGUGGGGACCUGGCUGUGGUUACAGAGAGGGGGGACCUGGCUGUGGUUACAGAGAGGGGGGAUCUGGCCGUGGGACCUAAAGGGGAUCUUGGUCUUUCUGGUGUUCCCGGACCCCCAGGCCUCCCCGGAGUGAAGGGAGAGAGGGGAGAAGCUGGCGAGGGAGGACCGAAAGGGGAGCAGGGGGGACAAGGUUCUGAGGGAACCUCUGGAGACAAAGGAGAUGUUGGUGACCAAGGGGAAUCUGGACCCAAAGGAGUGGUUGGAAACCCAGGAGAGCCUGGUAACAGAGGGCCAGAGGGUAGCAGAGGGCAGCCUGGCAUCGAGGGCCCAGCUGGUACUCCUGGACCACGUGGCAUGCAGGGCAACAGGGGCGUACCAGGAAUCAGGGGGUCACAGGGACCGGCGGGUAAAGAACCAAGCGAUCAACACAUCAGACAAGUCUGCAUGAGAGUUAUGCAAGAGCAGCUAGCCCAGUUGGCUGCCAGUCUAAGGAGGCCGGAGUCUGGAGCAGCGGGCCUGCCUGGUAAGCCAGGGCCUCCUGGUCCUGCCGGACCCCCAGGGGACAGUGGCUUCCCUGGGCAGGCUGGAGCAAGAGGACUGCCUGGCCUCAAAGGACCUCCAGGACUCCUGGGACUCAAAGGACCCAAAGGUGAAAUGGGCGACAGAGGAGACCGAGGUCCCACGGUGCGAGGGGCCAAGGGCCAGCCAGGACCUCCCGGUCUACCAGGUGAGCCCGGAAAGCCUGGUUAUGGUCAGGAGGGACGUGACGGCGAGAGAGGACCUCCAGGUGUUCCUGGCCAGGCUGGUGUACCUGGGCCUCCUGGUAAUGCUGGCCCCAACGGCUACUGCGACCCAUCGUCCUGCAACCUUAGACCGGGGGACAUUGACACCAGCAUCAAGGGCCCGGAGGGAACUAGAAACUAG